UCCCUGGUAACCCCAUCCCAAAUUUGAGCUACUUCGAGCGGCUGGCGCCGUUGUCCCUCCAUUUCUUCGAGUCCAUGGCGUCUUCCAUUCCUGUCCAAAUCAUCCAGAACCCUGUCCUUGGCCGCUCCUCCUUCCUCCGCAAAACCCGCCAUUCCUCAAUCCCUAGCAGGACCACCACCUCGGUGACCCCCUCCGCCAAGCUCCAGCUCUCCGAUCUCCUUGGCGGCCGCGGCCUCUGCAACGGCGAAGUAGGCCUCUAUAAGGAGCUCAACCAGGACCCCGCCCCAUGUCCUGCCACCCCUCAGCCUCGAUCCGGCGAGUCCCCUUCCUCGUUGCCCCGGGGCUUUGGCGACGACGCCUUCGAGAAGGAGCUGCUAGGCCUCACCGGCGGCUUCCCGGGCGGCGAGAAGGGCCUCAAGAAGUUCAUCGAGGAGAACCCACCGAUCGCCGGCAACGAGGAGGCGGGUCUCGUGUUCUCGGGCUCGAAGCCGAAGCCGCCGGAGCUGCCGCUCUUGCUGCCGGGGAUGAUCGUUGUCGUGAAGAACCCCAAGAACCCAUUCUACAUGUACUGCGGCAUCGUCCAGAGGGUCACGGAUGGGAAGGUCGGGGUGUUAUUCGAGGGCGGCAAUUGGGACAAGCUCAUCACUUUCCGGCUGGACGAGCUCGAGCGCAGGGACAAGGGGCCUCCCAUGGUCAAUCCCAAGUCCGCCGUCCUGGAAGCCAUCGUUCAGAAGUCGGCGUGACGUGGGGGAACUGACCACAGCCAACUCAGAAGCAGGAUUAUUAAACUCAUCAUGGUCAUGUUUCAGUGCACGGGGUUGCAGAUGUCUUGAAUUUCUUCUAUUUCUUGAGCUAUUUGAGCUGUUUAAUUACGAUAGAAGUAUUCUAUGGUCCGGGGUUUAUCUUAAGCUGUUCUAGGAUACUUCUUGGGAGCUUUGAAGGUUACAGGCUGGGUUCAAAUACAAAACUAUAUUCCAACUUGAAGACCAGACC